AUUUAUGAGUCAUGGGGCGGGAGUUAGAGAGUCGUGAACCAAUUGGAAUGGAUAUACGUCUUCACUUGGAAAUAAAACCAAGGACAGUAAACCGAAGAGCAGGACAAUGAAUCCCAUGAGUCAAUGCGCGUAUGGCUACAGGCGCCAUCAUUGGAGCCCACUCAAGAAGUGGCGUGCAAUUGUAAUACAGACCAAAGCAUUGGAAAAUGGUGUGUUGUGCAGCCCCAAAAUGCUCCAAAAGGGGCGAUAGACGACAGAAGAAACGGACUUUCCGUUUCCCAAAAGAUAGAAACAGAUGUAAGGAAUGGGUCGUGUCAAUUAACAGAGUAGGACCGGACGGGGUGUCGCUCUGGACUCCGACUCCGGGUUCCAGGCUGUGUGAGGACCAUUUUUCAAGUGCCCAGUUUGACAGCAAUGGUUUCCUCAAACGUAGCGCUGUACCAGAUAAGGAUCUUGGCGCUCCUGUAAGACCAAGCAGACGUACCGAAACUAGUCAACAGGAAGCAGUACAAGUAUGCUCAACCACAGCGGUGUACAGCGUGACUGACCAUUCCUACUGCAAGCUGAUUGUGGGUGACCAUCCUCUCGGACAUGAAGUUUCCACCAACGUGGAUUCUGAUGCAUCAAAAGACGGCACUGAGCAUUCCUGUUCUGAAAUGAAUGCAGCUGAUCCAUCUGUGGAAGAUGGGUCCUCUGUCAAUGUCCAUUCAAAUUCACCAAAAGACACUACUGAUCUUUCCGCCUUUGAAACUACUGUGCAUCACCCUUGUGUGGAAGAUCCAUCCUCUUUCCACAACAGUGUUGAUCCACCAGAAGAUAUAUCAGAAGUAACAGUGCAAGCCUUUGACAGUGCCAAAGACAGUCCAUCACAAGACAAAGAUCUAUUGAUAGAGAGUCUCAAACUGGAAUUGGAGAGAAAGGAACGGAUGCUGGCCCAAAUCUUCCGUCCGGAUCAAAUAGAGUGGCUUGAGAGCAGACUCACACCUGGCUCAGGGCAUGAUCUCUACAAAUGGUCUUCAGAGACACUUAGUAACAGUUUGAAGAUCAGAAUUGCUUGUGGACUGAACGGAUACGAGUACCUGAGAAAGGAACUCAAGUAUCCAAUCCCAAGCUACCGCACGAUAACCCGACAUUUUGGGGCCGUUAAGUUUGCCCCAGACAUUUAAUAUGAAAUUGCACCUCCCAGAAAUUGCUCUCCUUGCAAUUUUGAAGAUUUCUUACCCAGUUUAGAAUCUCCAUUUAUGUUCCAUCACUGCAGCAACCCCACAACAGCUCAGGAGAACUGAAGGUCGGUGGACAUCCUUCGAUACCAACACCUAGUAAGUUGCCUCUUUGCACCCGGGAAUUCAAGAGCGGGUGUCGACGAGCUACCUGCCUCGAGGACAAAUGCCAGCCCUGCAUGUGUCCAUCUGAAAUCACUGAGUGCCUGGCCUGUAGGGUUUGCUGUAGAGCAAUGAGGAGAGUCCCUGCUAGAUUUGCACCCUGCUGGUGCACCAGAGCCAAUGCGGUGUGCCCUCUGGAACCCCUAUCAAAGACCACGACUUCGCACAGACUGGAACCUCUGCCCUCAUGACUGUAUGACUCACUCUGCUCACCACGCAGCCAUGCUUUUACCAGGUAAGCCGCUCGGCCCCCCAUGUAAAUAUUUAAUGAUGCGAGUUCCCUCUUCUAAAAAAUGAAAGCGGUUUGAGAAAAAAAGACUUGCUUCCUGAAUCACUGCAGCGAGGGGUUGAAUUGAAUGAAAAAAGAGAACUAAAAACCCAGUGGAAACAGGAAAUGAGGAUUCCUAUUGAUGUUGACACCUGUUGAAGAUUCUAACCUCACUUCCCCUAUUGCUCUAAAAGUUAUAUUUUAUUUAAAUAAAGUUUAAUAUAAAAAAGA